CACUGGCGGCAAAAAAAAAAAAAAAAAAAAAAAAAGCUGUAGCCAGAGACGAAGGUAUGAUGGCGGUCGCGAUGGAGACUGAACAAUUCCCUUACUUGCCUUCUGGGCUUGAUCAAGUCAAUAAGAUGAUUAAGGAGCACGGCGACCUGUUCACAGAUAACCUGUGCAGUGUCUGCAAUGCUGUCCUCAUCUCUGAGUCGCAGAAGUUGGCUCACUAUCAGAGCAAGAAACAUGGCAACAAGGUGCGACGUUACCUUUCGAUCCAAAACGAGAAGGAGCCAGACUCAAAAAAGCUCAAGUCUACAUCCUCUGACAGUUACGACGCCAACAAUGGCGAGUCGGACCCGAUGAAGAUUUGUGACACCUGCAAGAUGACCUUUACGUCCGCUGUCAUGGCGCACUCUCACUACCAGGGAAAGAUCCACGCCAAGAACCUGAAACUCAAAUCGGUGGAUCCUCUGAUGCUAGGCCAACAGGCCGCACCGGCUCCAUCCAAGAAGAAAGCAGCGGCGGCCGAGGCGGCGGCGGCAGCGGCGACGGCGACCGGGGAGGGCGGCGAGGGGAGCGACAAAGACCCCAACCGCUUCUGCUCCAUCUGCCAGGCGUCCUUCAACAACGCGCUGAUGGCCCAGCAGCACUACUCGGGCAAGAAGCACAAGAAACAACUGACCAAGCAGGACCUGAUGAAGAUCUACGGCACGCCCGCCACACCGGCGUCCACAGCAAAGGGCUUGCCGUGUACCCUCUGCAACAUUGAGCUCAACUCUGUGGAUCAGUACCAGUCUCACAUCAGCGGGGCCAAACAUAAGAACCAAAUGAAAAAAUCUGGCCAGAGCCCGUCCGACAGCCAGCAGUCAUCGGCUCCCCAGAACAAGAGCGCUGACGAAGACGAAGAGCUUGCCGAAAACAACUACGACGAGCAGCCCGACAACGGCGCCUACCAGUUCCGCUCAUCGAGCGAGCAGUUGGCGUCGGGGGAGGACCAGUUUGUGACGGAAGAAAACCUUUUCGAGACGGAAGAGAACUUCUUCGGGAUCGGAGGCAACACUUUUCCCGCUGCAGACGACCAAUACAACGAAAGCAGCUAGUACGCCACUACUAACAAGUACUAGAACCAGGAGACUGGGUUUAGCGCCGGACUAUGGAGGAUUCAGUCAGGACCCAGAACAAUAGCAAAACCUAACCCCACCACAAGACCCCACGCCCCACCACACACACACACACACACACACAAAAGCAGCUUUUUCUUACAAAAGGAGGCUGAACCCCAAUGUGAAGUUUCAUCGUUUUAAAUCCAAAUUCUUGAAAACCUCUUUCCCUAUUCGAGCCAAAAAAUAAAAAAAAAGCUUCUGACAGCUGCGACUGUCUUUCAGCAUGCGAUGAAUUUGGAAACAUUGCCCUUGAAAAAUCACAAGAGCUUCAGUGGAGAACCCAAAAAUCCACACAUAUCAAACGCUAAACUUGGUGGAAGUUGUUACUUUUACCAAAACGGCUGCUGUCGUCGUACCACAGCAUAGCUUGGAUUUAUAGUUGUGGAAUGCUUUUAUUCAUCUUACACAUUUUUUUAUAACAGUGGUUGAGAAUCUUCGCUAAAAUACAAAAAUUAAAAAUUAUUAUUAUUUUAUUAUUUUUUAUUUUUUUAAACCUUUCAUGACAAUUUAGUUAAGAAACAAAACAAACAUUUACAACUUCCCUACUAGGUCGCGCGACUACACUCGAAUGCUGCUUUUCCACUGCACGGUAUCAACUUGCUUCCCCCCCCCCCCCCCCUCUCAGAUUGAGGGAAACUGCGAAACCACGCUGCACUGAAUGAAUCAGUCGCGACAAGACAAGGGUCUUCUCUAUAUUGUUAAAGUGGGAUACACACACUGAUUUUUAACACCUCGAUGGAUUUCUUAAAGUGUGAGAAACCCCACACAUGGUGAACAAAAUCUGCAGCACAGAUUGAUUUUUAUUUGACCUUUAUUCAACCAGGUAAGGCAACAGAUUCUCAUUUGCAAUGCUGACCUGGCAACAGACGAGUGAAACAAAGCAGGGCAUAAUAAUGAUGUCUCUUGUAGUACCUAGAGUGACCUGUGAAAGGCAGCACAGUGCCACAGGGCAUCCGGAUUGCUGGAAAAUACAAAGAAGAAAUAGAAGCAGCUAGACCGACUGCGGGAUAAAUGUAAAAUUGUUUGGUAACUACAUUGAGGCUGCAAAGUUGUAACAAACUCUUCACACACACCAUCGGAUGAUCUUUCAGCAAUAAUCGGGCCUUUGCUGACUUUGCUCGUUCUGCCUGAUUAUCAGUACACGUGUAGUGUGUACUCUGUCCAAACUGAUUGGUGAAGGGUGGGAUUGCUCAAAUUGCUCAUACCUUAAUAUCGGUAUGGACGUACCCCGCUUUAACAUUGACGAUUGUUGACCUGAACUGUUUUGUGAGCAGAUUGGGGAGGAAAAAUCUCACUUGGCACACACCACAGGAUAAUCAUUCCGAAUAUCGGUCUGUGCGAACCACCGCUUAAAGAGACUGCGGGUUGCGCGAACAUGCUCGGAGCCCUGGCUGAGCAGGUACUAUUUCUAGUACCUGCUUUUGCCAGUGGAAAAGCAUCAACGGGGAUUGGGGCAGUGGAGAAGCAGCAUUAACCACUCGCGCUUUCGAGCACUCUCGCGUGGGAAUAACCGAAAGAUGUCAGGUGGUAUAGAUCAUGGCGCGUCCUGCUGUCAAUUGUGAUUUCCUCACACUGGAAGUAUCGUUGUCACUGAGAAGAAAAGUAGUUUGAAGCAGCUCCUCUUCUACUGUAGUUUUUCCUGGACCGUUGACUUGUUUUUAUUCCGCUUUUGCAGUAAAUGACGGUCAAUAACACAGAGUCCUGCGUUUCAUAGCGUCUUCAAGUGAUGUCAAAAUAGACAAGUGAUGUCAGUGAGUAUCAUUCAAGUAAGUCUUAUCUGUCCUCGACUGGUUGAAUAUUUUAUUAUCGAAUGUUUGCUUUAUACAAAAAAAAAAAAGUGCUUUUUUUUUCCCCCCCCUGCUGUACAGGUUGUUGUCAUCCUCGUUGGUAGUGAUAUUUUGGUCAUCUUACUUUCUGCAAAGUUGCAAGUUGUGCAUCCGUUACAUUAAAAAAAGAAUACAUCCUUUCUCACA